AUGGGCCUUCCUCGUUCAGUCGUUCCACUAGAAUCUAAUCCUGAAGUAUUCACCCAAUUCGCGCAUCAAUUGGGACUGUCCACCAGGUACGCUUUCCAUGAUAUCUAUUCUCUCACAGAGCCAGACUUGAUGGCUUUCUUACCAAGACCCAUGGCAGCUAUAGUAUUACUGUUUCCACUCAAUGACCUCUUUGAGUCUCUCAAGUCUUCAGAUAACGGCAACAAUGCAGCAGACACUCUCAAUCCCAUUUGGCUCAAGCAAACUGUAAGAAACGCUUGUGGGCUGUACGCACUUCUCCAUUCUAUCGCUAAUAACCAGGAUCUUUUGCAAAUUGAUUCAAAACUUGAACAAUUCUUGAAACUUAAUCAUCGUGAUGGCAACAAAUACGCGGAUGAUCAAACUGACGAUUUCAUCGUGUCUAUUAGUGAGCUAUAUAACCAGAGCUCCCACUCGGGCCAAACUGAAGCACCAAAUUCAGAUGACGAGGUCAACCUGCAUUUUAUCACUUACAUAGAAUCUGGAGGGCACAUCUUUGAGAUGGAUGGCAGGAGAUCCAAUGGUGCCAGAUGUUUGGGUGAGUCGUCCUCGACCGAUUUAUUAGAGGAGCCCCUCGUUAAGAAGAGAGUUCAGUGGUAUAUGGACAACACAGAGGAGGAGAUGAAAUUGCAAUUCUCAUUGUUGGGUCUUGCCCCUAGCUGGGACUGA